AUGGCUCUUAAGCGCAUUAACAAGGAGCUCACUGAUCUCGGCCGAGAUCCACCCUCUUCUUGCUCUGCCGGCCCUGUCGGCGAGGAUUUGUUCCAUUGGCAAGCUACUAUCAUGGGACCUAGUGACUCUCCAUACUCCGGCGGUGUCUUCUUCCUGGCCAUUCACUUCCCUACCGACUACCCUUUCAAGCCUCCCAAGGUCAACUUCACUACCCGCAUCUACCACCCCAACAUCAACUCCAAUGGUAGCAUCUGCCUGGAUAUUCUGCGUGACCAGUGGAGUCCUGCGUUGACCAUCUCUAAAGUCCUUCUGUCCAUCUGCUCGAUGUUGACAGACCCCAACCCUGACGAUCCUCUUGUGCCCGAGAUUGCCCAUGUCUACAAGACUGACCGACCCCGAUACGAGGCCACAGCUAGGGAGUGGACUCGAAAGUAUGCAAUCUAG